UGAACAGGUUAGGUAGUUUCGAUAGUUUCGCUCGGUUGUAUUGUAUUAUUCCUUGCUCAUGCUUCAAAGUUAAUUUAGUUGCACAAUGAUAUUGUUUAGUUUGUGUUGUGUUUUGUUUGUGUUCUAGUAUAUACUUAAAUGUAAAAAAUGUAAACAAGUUCUUUAUGGUAGUUUCUAAAAGAAACUUAUUACUCCUCAGUUUAUAUAAAUAUAUAUUGAUUUCUAAAACCGGUUCCUAUGUCAAUCGGUGUUGUUUUAUCUAUAAAGUUAUAAUAUAUUUGAAAUGGAGUUUUCAUUUAACAAAUUAAAAAAUAUUUUAAAUACGAAGAGAGACAGUCAGCUGGUUGGCAGUGGCAGCUUGGAGCCAGAAAUAGGCUUUAAGUUGUCAUUACAUCCAGUUGCUAAGACUUUGUACGUGACAGUUAUCGGUGCCCGGCACCUACCGUCCUUGUUUGGGUUGAGUCGCGCCCAUGGAUACCUAGCAAAGGUGAAAAUUUUUCCAGGUGACAGUAAAUAUGAAACAACAUUGCAAGAUAGUUCAUGGCCCGUAUGGAACGAAGAUUUUACGUUUCAACUAAAGCAAAAAGAUACAAAAAAUUCACAAAAACCUGACCUUAAAUCUCUUGUAGCCGGCCAUUUUUUAUCAUUAACUAUAUAUGCAGUACUAGAACCGGCUAAACAGGAGUCUGAAAAAAGAAAAAGUAAAACAUUACAGUCUAGAAAUGCUAAGGUUUCGGGCCAGGAUGAGACAAAAGUUAAGGGUGGAUUUCUCGAGAAAACGUUCAGCAGCUUUAAAGCAACUAAAGCUGAGGCUGCAACUCAGAAAUCUGUUCUUGAGAAGCGAAGGACACUGGGUGCCGCUACUUGGAACUUUGAUUCUAAGUUGUUCCAGAAUGAUCUCAAAAAUGGUCUAAUUGGUACGCCGGAUAUUUGGAGGCCGAUCAAUGCCAUAGCUAGCGGCGUGUCAUCCUCUGAUUCACGGAGAGAAAACAAAAAGGGCCAGUUGGAAGUGACGUUGCUGUAUACAGGCAGUGAAGAUGGAUUUAAUGACACUGUACAACUGACCAUUAACCGCCUGCGAACCAGUGUGCAGACCAUGCACGAGCAAGAAGAAUUCCGAGCGCCGCUGUAUUUAAAAGCUACAAUCCUUGAAGCAAACAAAGCGGAGUGCUACUGGAAGAGUAGUCGAUUUGAACCAACAAUAUCAGCAAGGUGGGACCCCAAAACCGCAACUGUGAAAUUGAAUGUAUUCAAAGCUAAUUUAGAUAAAGUUAGCAUCUAUAUUAGUCUUGGAUGUAAAUUGAAGAUGGGAAAAAAAGAAAUAUUGGGAAAAGCAACAAUAGACUCGGAAUCUCCAUACGCAGAUAGUUGGAAGGAAUGUCUUAUGAAGCCAGGUAUUCCAAAAACAUUUUGGGUUAACUUCGAUUAAAAUAUAAACAUAAUUGGAUUUCUUGAUAAAUAAAUUAUGAGUUACUAGUUGUACCUUUUAAUUUAUUUAUCUUUGGAAUUAGAAUUUAAACUUAAGGAUUUUACAUUUUCGUUUUACAAAUUUUUUGAUUCCGUAUACGAAUUACGUGUGCGAAAUGUUAUUUAGUUUUCGAUAGUUUCUGAUAAAUGUGACUGACAUUGUCUAAUAAGUAAUUAAUAAUUUGAUCAUAAUAUGUUUUUAUACGAUCAAAUUUUUAUAAUCAAGAAUUUAAAAAACAAUAUUAUUUAAGAUAUAUAUCUCGACGAGCACCUGAGUUUUUAUAACUAAUAUAUUAUAGAUAUAUAGUGAAAUAUAUUCUAUAGCAGAUUAUAUGGAGGUAUUUUAUUAUCUGUAAUCAGAACUAACAGAGAAUGAAAUACAGGUGAUGUAAGUGUGAAGUAUUCCAUAUAUUCACUAGAGAGAUUGAAUGGAAGAGUUUCGAGGCCCAGUGGUUUUCUUUAUAGAUACAAAGGUCAAACUGGUUAAGUCCAAAAAAAGAGUGUCAAUUUAUAUUUGUAACUAAUAAUCUGGUUAUAGAAACAACGAUAAUAUACCAAAUUAAUAUGAGCGGAAUAUACCUUCUACGUUGUAUUAAAACCGAACAAGUAUAAGUAAGUACUUCUCUGUACUAUGAUAUUCAUAGUACAGAGAAGUACUACCACCUAGCGACAUAUGGGCAUGUUAAGUGUUGUAGUCACCACGAAAUCGAUAAUUGACAAUUCCUUCGACAUCUCCAUUUGGAAUCACAGUGUAAAGGUAUAAUAUUAUAGUUCAGUCACAGGAAAUAUAUCGCAAACAGUUCGAUUGUAUCGUAAUAUCGCUUGUAUGACGUCAGGUUGUGUGAAAUCUUCCUAUAUAUUUUUGGUUGUAAGAUGCUAUUAAAUAUGUAAUAUAAUUUAAUAUCACUAUGUAUUUUUGUAUAAAUAUAUUUAUAUAAUAUUGUAUGUGUUUUUAAGUAAUAUACUUCCUUUAAUUAAUUGACAAAAAUAUAAGUAUCUUUAUCACUUUUUAUCCACUCUAACGAAUUACAUUAUAAUAUUAAUAACUGCUUGAAAGAUUUACAAAUUGUCGCUAUUACGGAGAGGUAAGAUUUAUUCGGCAUUAAAAUCCACUUCUCUUCUCCUUACGGGGGGAUAUUCUAAAUUAACCGCUGUCGUAAAACUUAUAAUACCUGCUUAGAAGUUUGAAAAUGUAUGUUGCGUCGAAACAUUUUCUGAUAUGAAAUGUUGUGAAGACUAAGUUAAAGGUAUACCAAGAAUAUUAAGUAAAUGCAUACUUUAACCUUUAAAUUCUUAUUUCAGAUUAUAAUUUGAUUUUUAUACUAUUUACAUAAUUUAGUUGUCGAUUAAUUUGGUUUAGUACAGCACCUUGCGAUGGUCGAAGCUUCGAUUUCUCUCGCACGAGUAAUUAUAUU